UCCUGGUCCCACAGGACAGGACCCACACCAAACACUUGCCUGUUUCAGCAGAAGCAGGGCCAGAUCAAACUGCUCCUCCCUUCCUCCCUCCCUCCUUCCCUGCCACUUGCCAGCAGCUCCAUGGACCCCCUUGAAGCUGUGGUGAAGAACCCUUACACCAGCAUUAACAUCCCCCGAGCCCACCUCCGCCCAGACCUAGAACAUCAGCUGGAACAAAGCCAGGACACUCCGUACCCUGCGGCCAAGCCUAGCCCUGCACCGGCUUACUCCCUGCCAACUGUGGGUGGGUGGACCCAGGAGGAAGCCAAAGGAGGGUCUCAAAUCUAUACCCAGGAGUCUUGGCAACACCCAGGGAAUCCUUACUCUGGCCUGCAGCAGGCGUCAGGGACCACAGAGCCACCUUAUACAACUGUCCCACCUGCACGGCCUGGAGACGACAUUGCCCAUCACUGCUGCUGCUGCCCCUGUUGCCGUUGCUGUCACUGCCCUCGCUGCUGCCGUUGCCACCGCUGUUGCUGUGUGGUCUCUUAGCUCCUCUGAACACCUGGCCCAGAGGAACCCAGACUGAAGGAGACCUAUGCCACGAUGCAGCUGGACUUGUUGUCACUCAGGGGUAAGAAGGCACAUAUCACCCUGGGUGACUCCCUUUUGGGUGUCAUUAAGCCACCUCUGGCCAAAGGAACCAGAGCUCAGGGCAGAGGCUGGAGUCAUUAGGAUUUGAUGCUUUUGAAGUCAUCUUCCUAUCUCCCUCCCCAAGUCACCCAUCAUGACAGGACAGAGUCCUGGGCAGAAGCAGGAGCUCAGGAAUCACAGAAUUUCCAAGCUCAAAUGGACCAAAGAAAUGAGAGUCCAACCUGUGCCUGCACAGGAUUCCUCGAGAUCUUUGAUAAAUUGGUAUCCAACUGCUGCUCAAAAAUCACCCUCGGCCAAGAGCUCACUCCUUGCCAGAGGAGCCCAUUCUGUCUUUGGCUGACAGUGAUUGCUACAUCGAAUGGAAAUAUGUCUCAACAUAGUUCCAUCCAUUGAUUUUAAUUCUACCCUUUGGGGCUGAGUGAACCAAGUCUGAUCCCUCUUCCCCAUCACAACUCUUCAGAUAUUUGAAGACAGCUGUCAUAUCCCUCCAGGAUUAUUCUUCUCUUCUCCAGGGUAAACAUACCUUGUUUCUUCAACCGAUCAUACUCAUGCUUUUCAGGCCAGUCUGCCUCCACCAAUUUGUUAAUGCCCUGCCUAAAAUGUGCUACCCAGACCUGAAUACACUGUUUUAAGAUUUGGGGAUGAGUUCAAGGGUGGGACGUCUAUCAUGAGAAGCUUGUUGAGGAGGUGUCAGGAAAUUGGAGACUAAGGUUGGGAGAGGGAAGAUCUCUACCUAAGGUGGAAGAAGGUGUUCAAACCUCCCCCUCGGAGUGGUGGCAGCCUAACCCUGUGCCUAUUGAAAGCCUCACACACCUAGGGUAAGCCAUCAGCACUGGUGAUACCUAUUACUGCCCACUGUCUAUCCACUAGAAUCCUGAGCCAGUGAUGAGAAUGGGAAUGAUUCCUAGCCUCACGCAGCUCAACUCAAGGGUCCUAUCAACCCAUACCCCUCCUCACCUGGACUAAGGCAGUUGCAUCAAUGACCAGCCCCAGGGGAUUCCUCACUUCUUGGGUUACCCCUGUUGUUCCCUUGACAAUAAACCUAAAUAAUUUGUUCAGCUCUGUCUUCACCACUGCUUUGCUUGAUUAUUCAGAGACCAUAUAAAGCUUGGAAAGGCUGGGCUUGGGGUCUAGGAUCUGGGAAGGUUCAUUUGGAGCUUAGAGAUUUGUAAGAAUUGGGUCUAUGGCCAGAGAGGAAGGGAUUCUUGGGUUUGAAAAAUAUAACUCACAUUUGUAAAGCUUGCAGUGGGCCGUCCUCAUAACAGCCCUGUAAGGUGGAAUAGACCGAGUACCAUUAUUCUCAUUUUAAAGAUAAGAAAACUGAGACUGAGGCAUUGUGACUCGCCUCGCACAUCGGGUCACUUUAUAAGUAUCUGAGUUGAGAAUAAACCCCACUCUCCUGUUUCUAAGCCCCACAUUCUCCACCACACAGUCACAUUCCCCCAUCCCUGCUCUUCAGCCUUGCUUCCAUUUUGGCUAGGGCUGGAUCAGCCUCAGUCUACAGGUGGACUGAGGAGAUGGCCGAAACUCUUCAUGUCAUGAGGCAGCAGCUCAGACCCCACAGUUCUCAGCCACCACUUCUCUUCCACUAACUGGACAGGCAGUAGAAGCUCUGAGGAGGGACCCUGUUCAUCUCCGCCUCUCCUUCCUUAUCCUCAGGUCUCUUAUGCUUGGCUCUGCCCUGACCCUGUGACUAUACUGCCUUUGGCCUAAUCUUAUGACCUGUCUCUCAGCCUUGGUGCCAGCAGUGAGAAGGGGAUUGGAGAUCACCACCCAUCUACUAUGAGGAAGUAGUGGGGCCAGUGUCCAACCAGGGCCAAUAUCUAAAACCUGGCAUAUGAAUGUGGGUGAAGAACACAUGUAUGGAGUGUCAGACUUACAAGGGACAACUAAGAUAGUAUAGACCAGAGGCCCGGGGUCCCAAAAUAUGGAAGUGAAUACAGCUGGGUGAGGUCAGUAUGGAAGGCUUUCUGAGGGAGGUGAGUUUUGUGCUGUAGUUUUGGCAAGAAGCUUUCACAUUGCUGUCAUUAAGGUCAUGAGGGAAAGAGGUUUCUUAAUGGUGAGGAAGAACAGAAAUUAGCAAGCAGGGAUUGAAGGACUGAGGGUGCAAAAGCCAGGGUAGAACCUGGCUAGGCCAGUGACUCAUCUUGUAAAUCCUCAGCCUGGGUGGAGAAUGAUUUCCUAGUUUCCAUCGAAACCUUGGUUUCCUCUGACCCUACAGUCAAGU